UAUUUUGAAGGGCAGAGGAGUGUAGCGGAAGUUGUGUUUGUGUUUCCGGGUCCCGGAAGAUGCUACGACCUCCGUCCCGUUGUUUGCAUUUUACCUCGUGAUGUGGACGGCGGAGUAAAAGGCGCCAGUGUUUGGUGUCCUUCCAGAGAGAAACAUCACAAACUGCUGCAUGAGGUUUUAAAACCUGAAGCGAAGCUACAAAGAGCAGGUUUGUUUUCUUUCUCUGACCGGAAACGCGUUUACUGCUGUUGUUGCAGGGAGUCCGCGCGCUAAGCUAACGUUAGCCGCAGCUAGCUCCUGCUAACGUGUGUUAUUGGAUAUGUUGUGAGCUUCGUAUUUUUAUCAAACGCAGGUCGGAGAGAAAUCGAGGAGAGACACUUCAACAUGAACUCUGAGAGGAAACUGUCAGCUGACCAGCGGAGAGCUUUACCUUCAGAUGUCCAGAAAGUGAUUGUUGGUGAAGAACAUCAGCAGGAGUGGAGCUCCAGUCUGGACCAGGAGGACACAAAGCCCCCACACAUUAAAGAGGAACAGGAGGAACUCCGGAUCAGUCAGGAUGAAGAGCAGCUUCAAGGGCUGGAGAAGGCUGAUAUCACCAAGUUCACAUUCACUCUGGUCCCUGUGAAGAGUGAAGAUGAUGAAGAGAAACCUCAGUUCUCACAGCUUCAUCAAAGACAAACGGAAGAGAUAAAAACAGAAACUGGUGGAGAGGACUGUGGAGGACCAGAACCAGCCAUGAAAUCAGAUCCAGAUACAAAUUUACAACCAGCUACUGAUGACCAGACUGGAGACUCUUCUAAACCUGAGACUGAUGCCAGUGUUGAUUGGAAGGAGACCAGAGAACCUCAGUCAGGUUUAAACUCUAUGAAAAAUAAUGAAGUCCCUAUCAGUGAUUUGAGAUUUAGUCUGAAGAGACACAUGAUAGCUCAUACAAGAGAGAAACCAUUUAGCUGCUCUGUCUGUCAGAAAACUUUUACACGGAAUGGAAGUUUAAAGACACACAUGAGUAGCCACACAGGAGAGAAACCAUUUAGCUGCUCAGUCUGUAAGAAAACUUUUACAGUGAAGGAAAGUUUAAAUAGACACAUGAGAUGUCAUACAGGAGAGAAACCAUUUGGCUGCUCAGUUUGUAAGAAAACUUUUACAGAGAGUGGAAAUUUAAAGGCACACAUGAGAAUCCACACAGGAGAGAGGCCAUUUAUCUGCUCAGUCUGUAAGAACGAUUUUAGAGACAGGGGAAGUUUAAAGAGCCACAUGAGAAUCCACACAGGAGAGAAACCAUUUAGCUGCUCAGUCUGUAGGAAAGCUUUUACAGUGAGUGGAAAUGUACAGAAACACAUGCGAAUCCACACAGGAGAGAAACCAUUUAGCUGCUCGAUCUGUAAGAAAGCGUUUAAUGGGAGUGCAGAUCUACAGAGACACACGAAAACCCACACAGGAGAGAAAUCAUUUGCCUGCUCUGUCUGCAAGAAAACAUUCAUAGAGAGUUGGCAUUUAAAGAAACACAUGAGAAUCCACACAGGAGAGAAACCAUUCAGCUGCUCCAUCUGUAAGAAAGCUUUUAUAGAUAGUGGACAGCUGAAGAAACACAUGAGAAUCCACACAGGAGAGAAACCAUUUAGCUGCUCAGUGUGUAAGAAAGCGUUUAAUGAGAGUGCACAUUUACAGAGACACAUGAAAAUCCACACAGGAGAAAAACCAUUUGGCUGCUCUGUCUGCAAGAAAACCUUCAUAGAGAGUUCACAUUUAAAGAACCACAUGAGAAUCCACACAGGCGAGAAACCAUUUAGCUGCUCAGUCUGUAAGAAAGCUUUUAUAGAGAGUGGACAGCUGAAGAGACACAUGAAAAUCCACACAGGAGAGAAACCAUUUAGCUGCUCAGUCUGUAAGAAAGCGUUUAAUGAGAGUGCACAUUUACAGAGACACAUGAAAAUCCACACAGGAGAGAAACCAUUUGGCUGCUCUAUCUGCAAGAAAACUUUCAUAGAGAUUGGACAUUUAAGGAAACACAUGAGAAUCCACGUAUUUUAAGACGUGUUGCGUGGAGAUCCAGUCUGGAAGGAGAGGAAAUUAAUGAAUUCUCUAAAAGUAUUAUGCGAUGUAACCCCCCCUAAAAAGUCUAAAAUCCAAUAAUUAGAAUUUAAGGUUUUAAAAUGACGUAUCUUAAAUGAAGUUUUAAAAAAUGUUUUUACUGUUUAGAUCCGUGGAACUCUAAAUAUGAACUUGUUCAUGUUUGCAAAUUAACUGGACUUAUUAGGAAAUUGCAUACAAUGCUAGCCCUCUCAUACAUGGCAGCCGUUCUGUAGUCACAAGGAACAGCCACCUAACUCAGUCUCCCAGCAGACUCCCCAGUCUUCACUCCUAAGUUUGAAGGACUGUGACAUCCCUGUUAAGGUUGGAUACCGAACUCUGUACUUUUUUGGGUACUGACCAAAUCACGUCGGUACUACCGAGGACAGAUUUCCGUUAAAUUAAACUGUGCCACAUUUCCUUUCCUGAGAGCGCGUAAUUGCAAGGUUAUAUGUCUUCUCUGCAUGUUGACAGAGAGCGGAGCUCAGUUGCAGUACAGACGGAGCAAACUCAAGCAAACUACAUCAUGUCUGCGUUUUUGUUCAAGUCAAAGUGACUCACGCCAAUUAAGCGAUUGCAAGUGUGGUUAUACUUUUCAAAACUUCACACAGACACUGUUUGCUGCAAUAUAAUAUAAUGUCGAGCCGAAAGUGGCCGUGGUGCUGUUAACGUUGCACUUUCUCUGAGACAGGCAGCGCCAACAGUAGUUUCUAUGCCCUGGUGAGUGACUGACAACAUGGAGGUUUUAGGGCAAGCAACAAUAAAGAGCAAUUAAAACGGUCAUGAAAAGAAAAUAGGCUAUGAUUUGAAUAAUGUACAAAAAUACAAGUAACAGUGCAGUUUAAGGUGAGACACUACAGGUGAAUAGGGUCAAAUUUUAAAAUAAUAGAUAUCUCCAUGAAACUU